AUAACCCGUGGUUGUGCCCGUUCUCCUAAUGCCACCCGCCUCCAAAAGCAGUAGCCACCCAGGCCCAGGCCUUGGUCCUGCCCCGGCAGCAGCCACAGUCCAAACAUCUAUAGCCAUAGCCACAGCCACAGCCGCAGCCACAGCCACAGCCACAGCUCCCAGCAACCAGCCGUUCUUCUGCCAACAUCAGAAGCAGCAGCAGCCGCAGAUUCAGCUUCAGCAUCAGCAUCAGCAAUUGCUGGAGCCGGCGGCCUAUGCCUCGGUCCCAGUGCUGCCUGUAAAGCAGCAGGGCAACGGCUUGGCCAGCUACCAGCCGCAGUCGCAGCAGCAACAGCAGCCACUUCACAGCCAGAACCACCAGAACCCUCAAAUGCCGAACAAACGCAAAUUUUCGACCUUCUUUUAAGUUGGUCAACGAGCCCAGUUUUUUUUUAUUUUUUGUUUUUUUUUUGUUUUUUUUUUUAAUCGUAUAAUUGUAUAUAUCUUGUUAUAUACUUACUUAUGUACAUAUAUAUACCAGACAUGUGUGUGUGUGUGUAUAUGGACCGCUUGCGUACUGCUGUUGUAGCUGUAACUUUUAUUAUUACUAUUAUUACGUAAUUGUAUGCUUUGUUUUUAUGAUUACUCAUUUUUACAAUGUUUCACCAUUUUAAUAUUUAUGAUUUUCAUCCUUAAGCAUUUAUAUGGUCAAUAUAAUAUGAAUUCAGCGAGAAACCUAACUCAAAAACGAAGAGAAAGCUAAAACAAAUGCUAAAAUUGAGAUACCUUGUGAAUGUGCGUGCGUUUCAUAGCUGUAGGAGUGAAUAGAAGGAGGAUCUUGAGCCUGAAGCAGAGCCUGACUUCUGUGAGCUGUCCUUGGUCUGCUCUGCCAUAUGGUUGUGUAGCGCACUGUAUAUACCCACCCACCCGUUCGAUGGUAUGCCGCUGUAAAAUCUACAUAAAUACAUGGAUAGUAUCGUACAGGCAAUCAACUUGAAAGUCGCCAAAAAGAAGAGCAGGAAAAACCAGUGCACGUAUAUUUAAGGCAGUGUCUUUAGUAAAUUUAGUCUAUGUGCUAUACAUAUAUAUAUAUGCCAUUUAAUGUAUAUAGGAGGAGUGGCGAGGAGAGGAGAGAGAGAGUCUAUGUGUAAUGUGCUAUGAUAGACAGAUAUUUGCUUUGCACCGAGAGAGAGCGUCUUCUAUAUGUCUAUACCAUAUCCGUGUAUCCGAAUGAGAAGCUGCUUCAAAGGGCGUCACAUGUAUAGGAAAGGAACUGAUUUAUUUGGCCCAGCAACAGCCCCCUCCAAGUCACCAUUCAAUACCUGACUAAACUUAGUACGAUAGCUACUGUUCGUUCGAUAGAGAUCCAUUCGACGACCAACUGAUUAGUCGAUUAGUCGAUUCGUUGAUUCAUUUUCAUUCAACUUCCAUUCAUACGUAACUUUAUUUAUUAAAUACUUGAUGUUCGAUUUUAGAAUUGCCUUCAACCUUUGUGUGUACUUUAUUAGUUGUGGUUUCUAUGUUUCUAAGUUUUAUUUACGGUUCGACAAGGCAACGCCCGACAAAACGCAAUCCGAUAGCUUUAUAGGUAUAUUUAUGGCUUAUGGCAAUCCACACAGAGUUGAAAAGCAAUCUUUGAGCUUCCCUACAGCCCUGAAACGCACUGUAUAUGUUAGUAUGGGGACAGCCAACGCGCAGUAGAAACUUCUCUGUUAUAAUUUUGUUUUUACAUUUAAGAAAACCCGAAUCCGGCACCGCAAUGGUCCGUGUAACAUUAAUGUCGUCCAAUUCAAAUAAGUUUUGAUUUUCGUGUACAUAUGUAUGUGUAUAUCCGUGUAGGUGUAUGUGUAUGGGGUAUAUGAGAGUCUAGUGUGUGGUGUAAUGCGUACCAGUAUGUGCUAUGUGCUGUGUGCUGUGUGCUGUGUAUAUGGGGUUUCUCUGGCGCAGCUUGCGGCACUGUCCUCGUACGAGGAGAUACGUAUGUACAUACAUGCUUCUUAUAUAUACAUAGAGUUAAACUUUGUUGUUAUGUUUUUAAGAUAACUUAGCUUUUAUACCGGUCUGUGUGUAGAUAAUUACAUCUGUACGUAUUGUAUGUCCCGUCUGUGUCUGAUCGAUCCGGAUCUACCCAGUAAUUUUUGUUCCGUUUAUGCUUUGCCUUCAUUUGUUGUCCAGAAAGAGAAGGGAAAAGCGAACAUUUCUAGAAAUUUUAAUAACGUUCGACGAGCACACACACACACCACACCUGAUCGAAGGGGCUAUAUCUACGACUAUAUGUGUUUGUAUUCCGUUUGAUUACUGCGUCGUCUGGCGAAAGAUACAUAUACACAUAUAUAGUAUAUAUAUAUAUAGAUAGAUGUUUAAGGAAACAUCCUCGACCCAGCCCCACACCCCUGCCCCGUGCCCCGUGACCCUGCCACUCACAUUUAGAACAUGAGAAUUUGCAAGGAACAAAUCUUGUAUAGACUAUAUAAAGGAUCAAGAGUAUAUAUAGCUAUAUAUACCAUAUUUUUAAGCGUUUUUGCUAACACAUUAAUUCAUGAAUUUGCAACAAUAUUUAAUAUUCAUACAGAAAUGCAUAUACCAUCAAAAAACCAGACAAAAACAAACGAAAAAAAUAUUUAAGUAAUGUAAAAUGUAACAACAACAAACCGAAGCGGAGGACGAAAUUGUUUUAGAUUUUUAUACCAAAUUUUAUUGAUGCGAAAACCACGAAUUGUUUAAUUUUUGUACUCCUGGCCCCUGCCCCAGCCCCAACCCUCUCUUCUUGCCCCGGCCCGCCAAGCUAUUAGGAAAAAAAUAUAGAGAGAAAGAGAGCAAAUCAAGUCCCCGUCCAGGACGGAGCAGAUCCUGGACACCGACGGGAACUCACGAGCUCUAAAUUGAAUUUUUUUUUUUUUUUUGUAUUCAAUACUUAUGUAAUUUGUAAAUGAUAUGACAAGUAAUCAAAUAGCAAACAUAAACAGCAAGGCAAUUAAUAAAUAAUACAAAUAAUAAUGCAAA